UUAAUCGAUUAGUCCCCGAUACGAAGAACGACCAUCCCUAGUAAAAAAAUAUAAUACGGCAAUAUAACUUUAAUUACUGUUGAAAAUAUAGAUAAAAUUGCAUUAGAACAAAGUUCACAUAGUUUUAAACAAACAUACGUACAUAUUGACUAUAAAAUAUUGUGAAAACAUUGCGUAGAAAAGUCAAAAAUUCCGAUGAAUGAGUGUUGACGGUGGCCGAAGCCAAUCGAAGAAGGAAAGAAAAAUUUUUGUUGGGAAAAAAAGAAAAGAAUUGUCGUCGUCGCUGCUGUUUUGUUGAUGAAUGAUUUGUUUUCGGUGCGGUGUGGGAAUGGUCAAAGGAAACAAGAGUGACGAAAAAAAAAUAAUAAAACAGUAGUGUCGCAUCAAUGUGUAUUAUUGUGUACUGCAAGUGACAGCAGCGCAAGUAUGUGUUGUGGUGGUGGUGGUUUGACGCAACGAAAAUGAAUUUAUAGAAAAGAAUUCCAAGAAACCUUUUUUGUGUGUGGACAGCUCAGUCUCUUGUUGGUCAAAACAAAUAUAAAUUCCAGUUAAUAUAGGCUCGUUUUUCGGCUGUUACUGCUGUCGUCGCUGCCUUGCCGCCGCCGCUUGGCAUUACUGCAACGUAAUCAUUACAAGAAACUUCAUCAUUACUAUUGCUGAAGAAAAUUGCCAGAACUAUUGUAAGGAGAUAUUUUAAAAUUUCACCAAAUUGUUAUUGAGCAUGGCCUCCGGUAAUGCAAUGGCAGCUGCAUCCGGCGGACUUGUUGCUGCACAAGCUGCUUCAUCCGUUGUGGGUGAUUACAACAAUUCGGGACCAUCGUCAUCAUCGGCGCUGAGUAAUGGUUCCGCAGCCGCUACAUCAACAAAUCAAGGCUAUCAUCAACUGAGUGUAACAAUUGAAGAGGCGUCACUACGAAAUAGUGGCUUUCUAAAACCCAAUCCAUAUGUGGAACUAUUAAUCGAUAAUAAAAGUAAACGUAAAACGGAUUUUGUUAAAAACACAUAUUUACCCAAAUGGAAUGAAGAAUUUACAGUGCUGAUAACACCACAUUCGGUGCUACACUUUAAGGUGCUGGAUCAUUCAAACUUUCGCAAAGAUGCAAUGCUUGGCGAGCGUAGCAUCAGCUUGGCUCAUAUCUUACAACACUACAAUGGACGCUGUGAAUUUCUCGAAGUUAGUAUGGAUCUAUUGGUUACCUCGAAAUCGGAUAAUCGUCAAACGAAAAGCGGUGAACUGGUGGCCAUUUUGAAUGGACUUAAACUCGAUAUGAGUAGUAUUAUGUUGCAGAACGGCAAUGGCGCAAUGAUGGGAGCUAAUGGUGGAGCGUCAGCAGCGGCUGGUGUCGCCACCGCCGCUGGCCCUGUUGGAGGAGGAGGUGAUAUAAAUGCAACGGCACAAGGUGCUGCUGGACGAAGUUGUCUGAUAUAUGGUGGUGUGAGAACACGAGUGCGUAUGCGUUCCAGCGGCAGUGUCAGCGAAAGUGGGGCACCCGGUGUCUGUGCUUCCCGUUCACCGGUGGCCAUGCAGAAUGGCAAUUUGGAACGUAGCAGUAGUUCAGGUGCCAUGAUACCCUCUCAAGUUGGUGGUGGUGGAGGUGCAAUGAGACGAGCACCAAAUCCACCCGGCACAUGGGAUCCCCAAACUGCCGCCGCCAUGGUGGCUCAACAGCAGCAACAAAUGCACAUGGCACACAAUCCACGUAUUAACGGUCCAACUGCAAAUUCUCCGCUGGUAAGCAAUUCAGCCGCCUCGGGAGGUGCACGUCCUAUGUCACAAAUGUAUGCCAAUGGAGGUGUGGCGGCGGGUCAACAGCCAGUCCCGGGUAUGAUGGAAGGUGCUGUCGGUGGUAUGAUGCCUAACGAUCCCCAAGCCGCCAUGGCAGUGACCGGCAGUGGUUUGCCGGUGUCCAAUGCCACAGAUCAACAAUUGCAGGCGGCCCAGGCAGACGAUGAACCUUUGCCUGCCGGCUGGGAGAUACGUUUCGAUCAAUACGGUCGACGUUAUUAUGUCGAUCACAACACCCGAUCAACCUAUUGGGAGAAACCCACCCCACUGCCGCCGGGUUGGGAAAUACGAAAGGAUCCCAGAGGGCGAGUGUAUUAUGUGGACCAUAAUACGAGGACCACCACCUGGCAGAGACCUAACAGUGAACGCUUAAUGCAUUUCCAGCACUGGCAAGGACAAAGAGCUCAUGUCGUAGCACAAGGUAAUCAAAGGUUCCUCUAUGGCCAACAACAACAGCAGCCCACAGCUGUGACAGCGGCACCGGCCCAAGACGACGAGGACACACUGGGUGCUCUGCCCGAUGGCUGGGAGAAGAAAGUACAAUCAGACAAUCGUGUUUACUUUGUUAAUCAUAAGAAUCGCACCACACAAUGGGAGGAUCCACGUACCCAGGGUCAAGAGGUCAGUCUAAUCAAUGAGGGUCCCUUGCCGCCAGGUUGGGAGAUACGCUAUACGGCCGCCGGCGAAAGAUUCUUUGUCGAUCACAAUACCCGACGAACAACGUUCGAUGAUCCCAGACCCGGGGCACCCAAGGGGGCCAAGGGUGUGUAUGGAGUGCCGCGGGCCUAUGAACGUAGUUUCCGUUGGAAGCUGUCCCAGUUCCGUUACUUGUGCCAGAGCAAUGCUCUGCCCUCCCAUAUCAAAAUAACUGUGACCCGUCAGACCCUAUUCGAGGAUUCCUAUCAUCAGAUUAUGCGUCUGCCCGCCUAUGAGCUGCGGCGCCGUCUCUAUAUCAUAUUCCGCGGCGAAGAGGGUCUCGAUUAUGGCGGUGUUUCGCGAGAAUGGUUUUUCCUACUCUCACAUGAAGUUCUCAAUCCUAUGUAUUGCCUUUUUGAAUAUGCCAACAAAAACAACUAUAGUCUACAAAUAAAUCCCGCCUCUUAUGUUAAUCCCGACCAUUUGCAAUAUUUCAAAUUUAUUGGUCGUUUCAUAGCCAUGGCUCUGUAUCAUGGUCGUUUCAUUUAUUCCGGUUUUACGAUGCCAUUCUACAAGCGUAUGUUGAAUAAAAAACUGACCAUCAAAGAUAUUGAAACCAUCGAUCCGGAAUUUUAUAAUUCGCUAAUUUGGGUCAAGGACAAUAACAUCGAUGAGUGUGGGCUGGAGUUGUGGUUUAGUGUCGAUUUUGAGGUGCUGGGCCAGAUUAUUCAUCAUGAGUUGAAGGAGAAUGGCGAAAAGGAGCGAGUGACCGAAGAGAACAAGGAGGAGUACAUCACACUGAUGACGGAGUGGAGAAUGACGCGUGGCAUUGAACAACAAACCAAAACCUUUUUGGAAGGUUUCAAUGAAGUUGUGCCACUAGAAUGGCUGAAAUAUUUCGAUGAACGUGAAUUGGAGCUGAUAUUGUGUGGCAUGCAAGAUGUCGAUGUGGAUGAUUGGCAGCGCAAUACCAUCUAUAGGCAUUACAAUCGCAAUUCCAAGCAGGUUGUAUGGUUCUGGCAGUUUGUACGCGAUACGGACAAUGAAAAGCGGGCCCGUCUCUUGCAAUUUGUUACCGGUACAUGUCGUGUCCCGGUGGGCGGUUUUGCUGAGCUAAUGGGUUCGAAUGGCCCUCAACGGUUUUGCAUUGAAAAAGUGGGCAAGGAAACGUGGCUGCCACGCUCCCAUACCUGUUUCAAUCGUCUGGAUUUGCCACCCUACAAGAGUUAUGAUCAAUUGGUUGAGAAACUAACAUUUGCCAUUGAAGAGACUGAAGGUUUUUGUCAGGAAUAGUUUGACGGAAGUGAUGUGUAAACUAUAGCAGCAACAAGAGAAACAAUUGCCGCCAAUGAUGAUGAUAAUAGAGAAGCGUGCAUGGAUAUGUUUUCUGUAUAGAAAUUAAAAUUAUUUAAAUUUUAUUUUUAAUUUGAGGUUUCUUUUAUUGCCAGAAAACUGGGCAAGAAAAUGCGAAACAACAAAACACUUAAUUUAAAAUGUAGAAAUUCCUUUUAAUUGUAGAAAAAAAAAACAAAAAAGAGUCGGUUUCUAGUUUCCAAUUUGUCCUAAUUUCUAUUGGCCAAAAACAAAAACAAAAUUUUACCAACAAAUUGUAUUAUUGGCUUUACAAUAUUUGCCUAAAUAAGUUACUGUGUUAAUGUUUAUUAAAUUUAAACAAAUAUCCUUGAAGAAAACAAAAAAGCAACAAACAAACAAACGAAACUUCUUUGCUUAUAAUUUAAAAGGGCUUUGGCUUAACAUUUUAUUAAAGAAGUCUAUUUCUAUUUAUAAUGCCAUUCUCCAUGGUUCAAUUUUCGCUUGUUUAAUAGUUUCUUUCAGUACUCCCCUCCCUCUAAACGUUUGUCCAUCCACAAUUGAUCUUCAUUUAUAUAUUAUAUUUAUUCACAAGCCAAGUUUAUUUGCACACUGAUCUUAAAGACAUUUAUUUCUCCCUUUUUGUCGUUAUUCUUUUCUUAAAUAAAAAAACUACGUAUUUGUAUAGCUUUAUAGCUUGUUAUUAUAAAUAUUAUAUAUGCAUUGUUUUAUUUUCUUUUAUAUAUAAAUAUUAUAAUUUUAUUGUAAUUCUAUUGUAUAUUAGUCUGGCUUCUUUUGAGGAGAACUUGUCAUUGUUUGGAGUUUAUAAGAAAAUUGUACAUUUAUAUGUAAACAUAUUUCAUUUCGACAAUUUGGAAAUCAAAUCAAUGUGACCCUUGAAUGCAGUUGUAAAAAAUAUUCACUGGAAUCUUUUAGAAAUUAUUAUGUUUAAUAUUUUUCCAUGUCAUAUUUGAAAACGAGGGCCCCAAAGAGUAUAAAAUAUUUUAGUGAUGGAUAUCUUCUCAUUUUCCUUUCGAUGGACGAAAAUGUUCCAGUGCCCGAUUUGGCCUUUUUUCGUUAUUUCCUAACAAAUGAAUGAUUAAAUAAUUUAUAUACCUUCCACCAUAUAUUUCGAACGAAUUGAGAUAGAAGGCUAAUAUUUUGCAUACAUGCAUAGUUGACCAGUAGGCAGGUUAAGUUCGUAAAUGGGCCAUGUCGGUCCACGUUUUCGUAUAGCCCCCAUAUAACGGUACCCCCCGAUAUUCGGUAUUUUCACGAUUUUGGCGACAUUAUUUACCGGAAUCGUUUCAAAUUUCGUACGUGAAGUUCGUAAUAGGUACUACAGCCUAUGCCAAAAAUUUUUGUAUGCAGGUCCAAGUCUUCGUAUAGUCCCCAUAUAACGAUACCACCGGAUAUUGGUUAUUUUCAAGAUUUUAGCGACAUUAUUUACCGGAAUCGUUUCAAAUUUCGUAUUUGAAGUUCGUCAUGGGUACUACAGCCUAUGACAAAGUUUUUUGUAUGCAGGUCCAAGUCCUCGUAUAGCCCCCAAAUAACGAUACCUCCCGAUAUUGGGUAUUUUCCUGAUUUUAGCGACAUUAUUCGUCGGAAUCGUUUCAAAUUUCGUGCUGGUAGAUCCUAAUGGGUGCUACAGCCUAUGCCAAAAAUUUUUGUAUGCAGGUCCAAUUCCUCGUAUAGCCCCCAUAUAACGGUACCUCCCGAUAUUCGGUAUUUUGAUGAUUUCAGCAACAUCAUUCAUCGGAAUGGUUUCAUAUUUGGUAUUUGAAGUUCGUUAUGGUUACUACAUCCUAAGACAGAAAAUUGUCUGUGCAGGUCCACGUCUUCGUAUAGCCUCCAUAUAAGGGUACCACCCGAUAUUCGAUGAUUGUAGCGACAUUAUUUACCGGAAUUAUUUAAAAUUUGGUAUUUGAAUUUCGUUAUGGGUACUACAGCCUAUGACAGAAAACGGAUUUUAUUUUUUUGAAAAUUGCUAAAUUCGUUCCAAAUGGUGGAGGGUAUUCAAAGAUCGGCCAGGCCGAACUUACAGCUUUUUUACUUGUUAAUCUGUUGCUUUGCAUAAUGCUACGCCUUUUUCGAUAGAGCAAUUGACCUGAGAUAUCAAAUUACUGAUCCUUAGUCCAACUUUUAUCAUACUGACAUUUAUAUUUAGAGGAGUUGGGUCUAUCUAGCCAUGCGUGAUACUACAUGUCUAGGAAUUGAAGGCAAUAAAAUCCAAGCUUCUAUUAAAAAUAAAUUUGUCAUUUUUAAAUAAAUCAAUAAUUUGUGACUCUAUUUUGACAGAGAAACAUCUGAAAACUACUUUUAAAUUUCCAACUUCAAACAUUGACAAGAACAACACCCAAUUUUAUUGUAUAUAUGUAAUUUUCACUUCUAUUAUUUUUCUUCUUAUAUUCACUUCUUUCUUUUUUUCCACCCCUCCAACUUAUUGUGAUCCUUCUCAAUUUUGUUUUCGAAAAAAAAAAACAAAA